AUGUGGGAGCAAACGUCGUGGGGCUCCCUGUCCGAGGCAGGCGAGUGGAGUGGCAUGACAGGGGACCUGACCCGAGGAGUGGCCGAUGCUGCUAUCGCUAGCUUCACGCAGACUACCAUGCGCAGUCAGCAUGUGGACUUCACCAUGCCACUCAUUCGCACCAGGAGCGCAGUAUUUAUUCGUGAGCGCUACGAAACAGAACCAAAUCUCAGGUGGUUGACCUCUAUCUUUUCUGCUCCUCUGUGGUUGGCAAUUGGGGCUGUGGCCAUGUUGGACAUCGUCUCCUACGUCGUCGUCGGAUACCUUCACCAGAAGUUCGCAUCCCAUGAACGUGCUGCUUCUGUCCUGAGAAUUCUGCACGACUGUUCCUUCACCAUAUUCGGCGUCUUCUGUUCCCAGGGAGUGUAUAUCAGUGCACUUGAAACGCAGAAUAAUGAGGGGAUGAGAAGGACUCACGAGCACGUGUUGGCAGGGACAGCAGCUGCGCCUGCGGGGGCGUGCGAGCGUUGUGUGGUGGUGGCAUCGCUGGCUGGCGUGAUGACGGUGCAGGCCGCUUUCGGGGCUGCGCUGGUGGCACGGCUCGCGGUCAAAACGCCCGUACUGCCCUUCUCCGGGCUCCAGGGCUUCCUCACCGACCGCACCUACCAGCUGGCCGUCGUCGCCGAUUCGGCAGAGCUCACCAACUUCGAGUGGGUACUGAGACAUCACACAACAGUCGCUGUGGAAGCUGUAAUUCAAGCCAUCCUGGCUGCAGGGUGGGAACAAUCUGAAUACCGCAUUGGUAUGUGCCUUGUAUCUCAAGUGGGGAUACUGAACACCAAUAAUGAGUAUGCUGCGGAUAACGUGAGGAGAGCGUUAUAUCUCCAGCUGAUAGCACCGAACAGGGACAUUUUACCACAUGGCAAUAUCGAAGGGCUCCAGAGAGUCUGCAGCAAUGCCAAGUAUGCCUUCAUAGCCAAGCAUGAGACAAGCAUGCUAUAUUCAAAAAGCCUGUCUUGCCCUCUUUCGGAAAUUCCUGAGGCAUCGACGCCUUAUUAUUUGGGAAUAGGUCUUCAGAAGGGCAGCCCAUACCGCAAAAUCAUCAACGACAAGUAA